AUGAGCUCUGUUGCCCCAGAUAGCAGCUGGAAUAACCUCUCCUCCGAGGCACGUCAGGCCUGCUCAUCUGCCGCCCGUGCUGUUCUUCUGCGCUCCAUCGAUUUGGAGCUGGCCCACGAUGCCAGUCUCCAGGCCGUGACCUCUUACUCUCUGGCCAGCAAGCGUAUCUCCGGCCUCGCCGGGUCACCUUCGCCCUCACCUCCGGCCUCCACCUCGGAGCCCGGAGUCGGAGGUCCUCCUCUGCUUCCUCUGAUCACACCCGCCGCGACUCGUUUUCCCGUCUCCGGCUUUUCGGCCGCCUUGGCUGUGGCCGGGGCCGGGCCAAAGGCCGUGUGGCCGGCCAGUUCGUUUUCAGGUCUCUCUAGUCACACAGUCGCCGGCGCGACAGUCUCGGGCAGAAGUGGGGAAACCAGCCUGUCUAGCACGACAAACUCCGGCUCCCUAGCCCUGACAACCUCCUCCGGUCUGGCCAGCUCGGCCUCCUCGACCGGCCUGCCAAUGACCGGCUCUUCGGCCUCAACGACGGGGACGUCCACAUCCGGUACCUCGUCAUCGUGUAAGUGA